UCCUUUUCGUUUUCAUUCCUUCCUUCUUCAGUUCAACUCACGCCCGUAAGCCUCCAUGUCCUCUUCGUCCGUUACUCCUCGCCAUUCUCUCCAGAACUCGUUCCAUUACAACGCUAUGCUCUUUCUCUCUUCUUCUUCUUCUUCUCUCUCUUCUUCUUCUUCUUCUUCCUCGCAGUUCUGCUCAGUUCACUUACUUUCUUCUUCCGUUACUCCAACGAAGCAUAAUUGGGUCAAUCUCCCUAUCAUAUUGCAUUAACAUGUCUGAACCGUUUCUUAACAGAUAAUUCCUAAUUCAUAGGCUAUUCGGUUUUUCCGCGUGACCCAGAUCCGAAAACUUCUUAUUCUCUCUCUUUCUCUUCCUAAUUCUGGAAUAUUUUCUCCGUAGGAUCUCUACUUCCUUAUCCUUUCUUUUGCUUUACAGCUCACAUUCCAAAUCCAGAAAGGUAAAAAGUGCAAUUCUUGUCUUUCUGGUUGAGAUAGUUGUUUCGCUUAGUUGGGGCGCCUGCUUCGUUGGUGGCAUUGACACGUUUGUUGCAGAAAAACAUUGGAGGGCAACCAUUUUAGAGCGUUCGUAAUUAUGAAGGCGAGAUUUCCAUGAUCCACAUUUACCAAUUGUGGUUUGGUUUCGCAACUGCUCACAACUGACACGGCUGUAGUAGUGUUCACCUUUAAACCAUCUUCUUCCAAAGUGGGUGCUCGUGAUUUGGAUUCUCGCUGACGUAAGGAAUUUUGAUUUGGGGCACACUUUUUCCUUGAUUUUAUUCUCCAUUGGAGUCAACCGUCAGAAUUCCUACGAAUUUCUCAGGAUAUGCGUAUUCGUGAUUUGGGGAUCUGGCUCUCGUUCCACUGAAGCAACAGAGAAGCAUUGGGUCUAGUUCAUUUUAUUGGUCAUAACUCGGAGAUAUAGCAUGCUGAGGCGGACCAAGGCAUCAAUUCUAGCAUAGAACGUUAAUAUUUGUUUGUGUGAAAGUGACAAUAUUGAUUGAUUGGAGUGUAUUUGAGAAAUUUUGUGGCCUCUAAACUUGUGUUAUGGGUUGUAUGUGCUCGAAACCGAAAUCUUCAAAUGAUUACGUUGCUGAGAACCUGGCCAGAGACAAGGAUACGAAGGCAAAUAGAAUCUCAAAACAUUUGACUUUGGGAGAGAAGGUCGCAAUAGAGGCUGAUGGUAGUGGUAAUGAUGCGACUACACGGUUGAUAUCUAAUCCGUCUCGGGAUGGAACUUCAGGGUCCGCUUCCGUGUCAUCAGAUGAGGGGGAGAAGAGCGGAGAACCAGAAACUACCGCAAAGCCGGCAAAACAGCUGGUUCAUAUGGCCUCAAACAUGGGAAUUGGAAAUGGAGGACAAGGACAACCUAAGAUGGCUAGGAUAGUUACCGUACCUAAAGGGGAAAGAGGAGCUCAAGUUCUUGCUGGCUGGCCUUCUUGGCUUACUGCAGUUGCAGGGGAAGCCAUUAAUGGUUGGAUACCUCGCAGAGCAGACUCAUAUGAGAAGUUGGAGAAGAUUGGGCAAGGAACUUACAGCAGUGUUUACCGAGCUCGUGAUCUAGAAACAAACAAAAUUGUUGCGUUGAAGAAGGUUCGAUUUGCUAAUAUGGAUCCAGAAAGUGUUCGUUUUAUGGCAAGAGAAAUCAUUGUACUGCGAAGGCUUGAUCAUCCAAAUGUCAUGAAACUUGACGGCAUCAUUACUUCACGGGUCUCCGGUAGCUUGUAUCUUGUUUUCGAAUAUAUGGAGCAUGAUCUUGCGGGGCUUGCAGCAACACCUGGCAUCAAGUUCACUGAAGGGCAGAUCAAAUGUUAUAUGCAACAGUUGCUUCGUGGUAUUGAGCAUUGCCACAGUCAUGGUGUUCUACAUCGAGACAUCAAGGGCUCAAAUCUUCUGAUUGACAAGAAUGGCAAUCUAAAGAUUGGUGAUUUUGGGCUAGCAACUUUCUUUGAGCCUUCUAAGGCUCAGGUUUUGACAAGUCGUGUGGUAACCUUGUGGUACCGACCACCUGAACUCCUACUGGGAGCCACAAAUUAUGGAGUUGCAGUGGACUUGUGGAGUGCUGGUUGCAUUCUUGCGGAGUUGUUUGCUGGAAAGCCUAUAAUGCCUGGACGAACAGAGGUGGAGCAACUUCACAAAAUCUUUAAACUCUGUGGAUCACCAUCUGAAGAAUACUGGAAGAAGUCAAAGCUACCACAUGCAACAAUUUUCAAACCUCAACAUCCCUACAAACGUGUUGUUGCUGAGACAUUUAAGGAUUUUCCUCCAUCAGCAUUAAGCCUUUUGGAAGUCCUCCUUGCUAUUGAACCUGACGAUCGAGGAACUGCUUCUUUAGCACUUCACACGAGCGAGUUCUUUACCACAAAGCCUCUUCCAUGUGAUCCUUCUACUUUGCCAAGAUAUCCACCAAGCAAGGAGUUUGAUGUCAAGUUUCGACAAGAAGAAGCCAGAAGACGAAGAGCUGCAAAUAAUAAAGGAAAUGCAGAGGAAUUCUCUAGCAAGGUUUCCAAAGAUUCUAAAGCUGUUCCAGCACCUGAUGCUAAGGCUGAGUUACGGUCAUCAAUUGAGAAAAGACAAGGACAAGCUAACCCUAAAUGUAUUAGCGAGAAGUUCAAUCCUGAUGAGGAUGGUGGUUCUGGCUUCCCUAUUGAACCUUCAAAGACACGAGCACUCAAUGCCUUCUCUCAUUCUGGUCAGUCAAUGCAUCCAAGUGUGUAUGGAUCUUCACGUAAUAUGAAUUUAAACAAGGAAGAGUCUAUUGCUGGCCCUGGCCGUGUGUAUAAUUCAGGAAAUCCUGCAGAAUUAAGAAAACAAAGAUCCUACAUGAACAGGAAUGCUGCUCAAUUGUCGAGGUUUUCUAAUUCAGUUGCCAAUGGAGGUGGUUUAAAGCUUGAUAUGAGUGGAGAUGCUAGUUCACAGUGGCCUGAUGAUUGCUUUGGCACACGAUAUGACCAUCUUGUUGAUGACGAAUCCAACCAAUUGCUCAAGUCUAUGCACAAGAAGGAAAUGCAUCCUUGCGCAAAGGAGUCUUCCAAGGCCUUUGCCCCAAAAAAUGGUCAAAUGUACUAUUCAGGGCCUCUAGUCCCUGGAGGUGAAAAUCUCGAUGAAAUGCUUAAGGAGCAUGAAAGGCAAAUCCUACAAGCUGUCCGCAAGGCACGGUCAGAUAAGGUCAAGAUCAGUAAAUGCUGCAAUGACACUGGCCAAACUGAAUCCCUACUUCACCAUGUGGGAAAUCGCUAGCGAGACUUUCAAUAGGAUGGCUAUGAUGCUUCAACUUGGGAUGUGGAUGCCUGCAUCUUUCUUCUGGAAUUUUGACAAACGUUGAUGCUGAGAAAUAAUUUCAGGAAUCAUGGAGCCUUAUCAAGGGUUCUCGGAACAUCAAUGAUUAUGGUUUCUGUCUCAGUUCUAACCACCAAACCGUAGUUAUUUUGAAGGUGGAUGGCGUGGAGAGCAAUUGAAAUCGAUGGCAAAUGGGAGUCCGACUGUACAAGAUUUGAUAGUUUUUUAAAUUUACUCACCAGAAAAUUGUUUUGUUUCUAGAUGGUGAGGUCAUUUUCUGCUGACAAUGAUCGGUUACUCAAUAUUUAACUUGUACAGGUGAAGUUGAUUUUGCUGAACCAGAUUACACUUAUUCGAAAUGCAAAGUGCAUUAAGCUUAUCAUCUUUAAUCGAAAUGCAAUGGCUCUCUCAGCAACCUGUCAGAGAAAAAGCUGGCAAUAUUGUGAAUUUGUAAUGCAUUUCAUAACUUUAUUUUUCUCUAGGCUAAAGGUCAAAAUUGUAUAGCGAUUUUUUCGUGAGAAUGAUUUACUUGUAUUCAAUGUCCAGUAUGCAGAUCAUUUUCUGUAAAAUUAUAAAGGAAUUCUAUUAUUUA